AUGACGUUGAUAGAGCACGGCGUUCUCGAAAUCGCUGGCGGCAAGUUCAAGAAAGAGCAACAUGCAACGGCGGAGCGCCAGUUGACCGUUGAUCGCCAGCAGGGAAAGAUCAUAAAUGUUGACUGCUAUCCAAGCGGAAUACGAGAAGCUAUUGGACCCACUUUACAGGGAAAGUGUCCUUAUGCGCAAGAAUGA